AUGGGUGUCCACAUCUUUGGUAAAUCUAUCAAGCAUAAUGCAUUGGUGAAAGUAUGUAUUCUUGGUAUAAAAUUUUCUUGUAUACCGUUAAAUGAGAAAGUUAAUGAAUAUUUACAAUUUGUCUUGAGCUACAAAAUAUUGAUCCACAGCAUACUAACAACAUACAUAGAUAGGGUUGGCAAAAAAGAUAUUUGGUGUUGGCUAUAAUACUGCCGAAAGAAUUUGCGCUAAGGUAGGUAUUUAUCCAAAAAUGAGAAUGAACCAAUUAACAGAACCUCAAAUCAUGGCAAUAAACAAGGAGUUAUCUGACUUAACUAUUGAAGGUCAUUUGAAACAAAAGAUACUUGAUGAUAUUAAAUUGAAAAGAUCUAUCGGUUCUAUUGCUGGUUCCAGACAUGCAGCUGGUUUGCCAGUUCGUGGUCAAAGAACUAGAAAUAAUUCUCAAACCGCUAAUAGAUUAAACAGACUUGAGAGACAUGUAUAG